AGAGAAAAAAAAAAGUAAUAAUCAAAAAAUUCAAUCCUUUUAAAAACAUUAUUGCUCUGUUUUUCUUGAAGAAAAAAAAAAAGAUCUGUAAAUUCAAUGAACCUUCCUCUCUUUCCUGAUUCCACAGUCCAAUCCCAAAAAGAUUACUUAUUUAUUUGCUACUUGUCUUCUUCAUCUCAUACCUUCUUAUACCAAAUCCACACCCUCUUUCUUCUUCCUCUGUAUUCUCUCCUCCUUACCAAGAAAAAAAAGAUUCAAACUUUCUCUCUGUUCCUUAAAGCCUUAUACCAAGAUCUUGAUUUCUAACGUUGUAUCCUUAUUCUCUCAAGGAGUUUGGCUACAAGAACCUGUAAAGCUUCUUGAAAACGUCAAAUUGACUCAACGUUCAGUUUCUUCUCCACCUCGAAAGAAAAGUUUUUGAGUCUUUUUAGGUCCAGAGUUGUUCAACCAACCUACAUUGACAGCAGAAACAGAGAAGCUUGUUUGCUUUUUGCUCCCUCACGUCACUUUUUUUUAGAUGAUUCGUGAAAUCUCCGGUCUACAAAACGUAAACAUUCAACAACAUCAUUCUUCAAGCAACAACAAGAUCAUGGACACGAGAAGAGAUAACCGAAAAGACAUGACUUUUCGCGGACCAACUCAAGCUCCUAUGAUGAGCAAGCAAGAAUAUUUUAGGACAUUGUCGUCUCAGAACAGUCCGAGGAGGCUAAUCUCAUCGAGUUACUUCAGUAUAGAGUCAAUGGUUGUCCUUAUUGGUCUCACAGCAUCGCUCUUGAUCCUUCCUUUGAUUCUGCCACCGUUGCCUCCUCCUCCGUUUAUGCUGCUUCUGAUUCCUAUUGGGAUUAUGGUUUUGCUUAUGGUUCUUGCUUUGAUGCCCUCUUCUUCAAGUGCCAAACAUGUAACAAGAACUUAUAUGUAACACAAGGAUAAUGAGGUUUUGUUUUAUCUACUGUUAAUUUUCUUAUUACAUGCGGUUUCAGGAUAAGAGAUUUUGUAUAACUAUUUAAUUUGUAAAACUUGUAGUACUAUAAAAUUUCAUGAUUUCAUCUA